ACAGCCCAAGGCAAAGAAUUGAUCGUCUGAACUAAAGAGCCGAAUGUCCUUGUGAAUUUCUCCCAGCCGACCGACCCUGACCUGGAGAACCAGCUGCCCCUGCUGCCUGACACUAGCCGCCGCAGGGCCAAGAGAGCUGCAAACGCCCUGACUGUUCCGCUCGGAGGUUGCAGCCAGGGGCCCCAGGGGAUGCCUGGCCGAGACGGUCGGGACGGCGCGGUGGGCCCUGCCGGCCCGAGUGGUCGCGACGGCCGGGAUGGAGUCACCGGGCCGCCAGGAGCAGCGGGUCGGGACGGCAGCGAUGGAGAUGCCGGGCCGCCGGGACCACAAGGACCCCCUGGUCCACCCGGGUCAGGCAGUGGUGACGGGAGGGUCGGGCCACCAGGGCCAGUAGGCCAGCCCGGCCCACGAGGGCCAAUGGGUCCACCUGGAGUUUGUAAUUGCAACGGUAUCAACCCACCAGAACCAAAUGCAACAUCCUCGCCUGUAAUAUUGAAAGAUUGUGACGAACUGUUCAAGGCAGGGUACAGCAGUAGCGGCGUCUACACCAUCCGUCCGGUGGCCUCCCGUGACCCGUUCCAGGUCUACUGCGAGAUGACCGGCCGAGUCGGCUGGACGGUCUUCCAGAAGCGGUUCGACGGUUCCGUACAUUUCGCUAACGACUGGGAAGCGUACAAAAAUGGGUUUGGGGACUUGAACGGCGAGUUUUGGCUGGGAAACGACAAGAUCUAUCAGAUAACCAACACUAGAAGCUAUCGCUUGAAAAUCGAUCUAGAGAAUUGGUCCUCAGAAACGGUAUUUGCCGAAUAUGCUACGUUCUAUAUCGAGGACGAGGCAGAAAAGUACCGUCUGCAAGUUGGUACCUAUAGCGGUACUGCAGGUGAUAGUUUAUCUUGGCAUGAUAAUUACAGGUUUUCAACACACGACCAAGAUAAUGACGGAUAUGGUAACCAUUGUGCUAUUACCCAUGGUGGACGUGGUGGUUGGUGGUAUAGAGCUUGUGAGUACUCUAACCUUAACCAGCCAUACAAGCAUGGCGGUGAAGGGACAGAUCACUACGGUAUACAGUGGAAUCAGUGGACAGCUCACCGGUACUCCAUCAAGUCUUCUGUCAUGAAAAUCAGGCCUAAUCUUCCGUAAAAAGAACUAACCUUGUCUUAAAGGUGGUAUCUCACUGCACUUGCGUCACGCUUGCGUCACUUCGGGGUUCGAAAGAUAGAUAUAUAACGAGAUAGAAAGAGAGAUA